UCUUGCCUCCCCUACAAGAAAGACUGAAAGAGUAUAUAAAGAAACCAACAAAGAAGCAUUUCAAAGCCCUUGUAAUUGAGAGGAUCCUCACAAUGCAGAGACUAUUGUCUCUCAAACCAGCCUCAAAAUUGCUCCAAAAUCACUUUAACAACACUCCAUCUCUCCAACCAAUUUGCUCAAAAACCCUGUUUUCUCUCCUCAAAACAAACCCAAAUCACCUCCACACCUAUUCUUCCAUUAACCAAUCUCACCAUUUCACAACUGUUUCACACUCAUGGAGAUCACAGAAGAGUAUUUCAGAGAAGAUUUAUGGGUUCGUUUCAAACCCAGUACCCGUAAGAGAAUUGUUACCCAGUUCUCUUUUGAAGGGUUCUGGCAAAGGGGUGUUUGAUAACAGAGUUGGGUUUUUGAGAACUCAGCUUCCUAAACGAGGCUUCGAAAUCAACAUUCACGCUCCACGUCGUGGCUGGCAAUCAUGGCUUCAAAGGCUAACACCUGAUAGCGUGGUUUUGGGCCUGAUUUUAACUAAUAUAGCUGUUUUUAUGUUAUGGCGGAUUACAGAUCAACAAUUUAUGUUGAAGAACUUUACGAUUUCAGUGGAGAAUUUUAAAAGCGGACGCGUUCACACGAUGGUAACAUCUGCAUUCAGUCAUAUCGAUAUUGGGCACCUUGUCUCUAACAUGAUUGGACUUUACUUCUUCGGGGUGAAUAUUGGAAGAGUUUUUGGACCAGAAUUUUUGCUGAAGUUGUAUUUCUCGGGGGCAGUUGUUGGCUCAAUAUUCUAUUUGGUGCACCAUGCUUUUAUAGCCCCAUCAUCAAAGAAUGAACGAAAUUGGAGAAUAAACCCUUCAAGCAUUCCGGGACUUGGAGCGAGUGGAGCAGUGAAUGCUAUCAUGUUGCUUGACAUAUUCCUCUUUCCCAAAAAUACUCUCUAUCUAGAAUUUAUCAUACCAGUUCCUGCUAUCUUACUGGGUAUCUUUCUUAUUGGAAAAGACAUACUGAGAAUAUUAGAGGGAGACAGUCAAAUCUCGGGAUCUGCUCAUUUGGGGGGUGCUGUGGUUGCUGCCAUCGCAUGGGCUCGGAUUCGGAAACGAAUUUUUUGAGUUUUUGAUUUACACACGAAUUUCUGACACUGUACCAGCGUAGAUUGUUUGCCUUUCCAUGAUACCUCUUUGGCUUCAAUACCGGAUUGUCUCUUGGCAAAAAGUUGUUCACAAAAGGUUUUUCUUUUUUAGUGUAAAAUUGAGGAGGAGAGGUUGGAAUAGAAGUUGACAGAAAAUUCAUUCACUACAAUACAAAGUGGUAUUUGGAAUUUCAGUUUUAUAUUGACUUAAAAAUUGUUUGCCAGCAACAUAUAUUAGUGUAUAAAUUACUUAACCUUGCAUUUGUGA